CCCAGGCCACUACAGGGUCGGAUCGCCAUGCCCUCCGACGACGUCCUCCUCCUCGUCCACCAGCUCCCCGUCGACAUGGAGGAGCCCCACGAGGGCCGCCUGGCCCACAUCCUCCCCCCGCUCCACCGCGCCCCUCCCCCGCCCCCCUUCCGCCCGCCUCCCCCUCCCCAAGCCGCCGCCUCCGCUGAGCCCCGCCUCUCCUUCCGCGGCUGGCUCGGCGCCCCCCGCCAUUGGGACCUCUGGGUCGCCAAGCUCCGCCCCCUCCACGCCCGCCUCUGGCGCCGCCUCGGCAUCCACGACGCCGUCCUCGCCUCCACCUACCGCUUCAAGCGCGACGCCCCCGCCGUCCUCCACCUCGCCUCCUUCUGGUCCCCCGCCACCAGCACCUUCGUCUUCCCCUGGGCCGAGGCCACCCUCACCCUCCAGGAUGUCGCCCUCCUCGCCGGAUUCCCCGCCCGCGGUGCCCCGAUCCUCGCGCCGCUCCCGCCCGAGUGGCGCCCCGACGAGGCCGCCCUCAACGGGGUGCGCCUCGGCUUCAACCGCAGCGCCUGCAAGAAGGCGCACCACUCCGCAUGGGUCAAGCACUUCCUCACCGACCACACCAACGACGCUGUCCUCGAGCACGCCGCCUUCCUCGCGCUCUGGCUCACGCGCUUCGUCAUCCCAGGCCACCCGGAAUCCACCAUGCGCCAGGCCGUCUUCCCCAUCGCCGUCCGCCUCGCCCGCGGCCAGGGCGUCGCCCUGGCACCUGCCGUCCUCGCCUCCCUCUACCGGGACCUGCGCGACAUCAAGGCAUUCCUCGUCGCCGCCGGUGCCGCCGCCACCACCGCCAAUGCCGAUAUGCUGUCCUCCUCCUUAUCCCUCUACGCGCCCCUCUACAUCCUCCAGCUCUGGAUGUGGGAGCGCUUCCCUGCGCUCAGGCCUGGACGGGCUAACCCGGUCAGGGACGGCGAGCCCAUGACCGCUCGGUGGCACGAUCUAAGCAGGAAGCUCAGUCCGACGCUGAUACGUGAGGCCCUCAGUUCAGGGGACAACUUUGUGUGGCAACCUUAUGCCACCUCUGUGAAGAAGCACACCGGGUGGGUUCGCAGCAGUGAUCUCGCCGGGAAUGAUGAACUGGGAUCACUUGCGCAUUGCUUGCGCCCUUGUGAGCUUGUGGGGAUGGAUUGCAUUGAGCAGUACCUCCCGCACCGCGUUGCAAGGCAGUUUGGACUGGACCAAGAUGUGCCUGGGGAUGUUUGCCGUGCCAAUCAGGAUUGGGUGGUUGCUUGGCAAACCUAUGAAUUGGAGGGAAAGAAUGUGGCUUUCUUCAUCCCUCACUCCGAACCUGGGAUCACAGCGCGGUACGCACAGUGGUGGAGGCAGCAAUUGCCGCAUGCUGAUAUAGAUGCUGGGGCAGCAAGCAUUCCACUGGAGUGGAAGACUUCCAAGCGCAAGGUGAAAAGGACACCAGCGGCCAUGGAAGCUGAUGCUGAGAAGGAGCGAAAGAUGAAGAAGGUUCGUGUCUCACCUAGUGACAAAAAGCGCAAGCUUGAAGAGUUGUAUGACGCAAAGUUGUCGGAUUGGCUUGCAACUGCAAGGAAUGGGAUCAGUGACGCUGCUGGUGGCAGCUCCAAAAGGGGAUCCUUGCCAAAAUUUGACACAGGAUCAGAUGAGGCCUUGUUACCUAAUAUUCAAAACAGCAAUGAUGAUGUUGUGCUACUUAUGCCAAGGAAGCAGACAACAACUCCUGCUGUAAUGGUAUUGAAGGAUAAUGACAUGAACCCGGCUCUAGGAGAGAGAGGAAACUUCAUAGUUGAUAAGCCCCUGGAUAUCCCCAGUGAACCUGAAAGAGGUGUUACUGAAACGCUGGAGGAGGAAAUACUUAAUAUUCCUGUAGAUAGGUCUCUUGAUACCACAGAUAGGCCAGAAGAAGGAGCCACUGCGGUAAUGGAGUUGCAGAAGGAAGCUAGUGGUGUAUCUGAUAGAUCUGAAGAAGUUACUGCUCCAGUCAUAGAAGAGAUAGUAGAAAAGGUUGCCAUAGAUGGAGUUAUUUGUGUUACAGAGAUGGGUCCAUCGGAAAAGGACAUAGCAAUUGUAAUGGAAGCACAUGAAGGAAAUGUUGUUUCAGAAGAAGUUGGAAGAGCUGCUGAGGAAGCAAUUGAAGCUGUGCCACAGAGCCAACAAGAAGUUGAUGCAGGCGUUAUGAACAUUUCUCAUGAUGCAGUGGCUUUACCUGAGGAAGAACUUCCAAUUCAGCACACAAAUAAUGGUGGUGGAUGUAGUGAGGUGUCUUGCAUAAUGGAAGAUAGUAAUGUAGUUGGAGGGUUGGCCACAAAUGAUGGACAAACUACUGGUUGUGAUUUUGUCAUUGAGGAAGAGAGGGAGGUUCCUUGUGUAGAAGAGAUUGGAGGAGGAGAAAACAAUCAAAUGGUUGAGAAAGAUAGGGAGGAAAAGCCCCAGGAAGCUCCUCAGAUCGAGACAGUGGAAUGCGUACAAGACACUAUUCUUAUGGGAACAGACAAUGAUGGUGAGCAAAAGAUAGUUCAUCCAACAGUGGAGGAAGCAGCAACUUCCAAUACCAUGGCUCCAGCUCUUCUGGGUGUUCCUGAAGCAGAAAAUGCAGAAGUCAAUAAAGAUUUUAAUCUAGCAAAGAAAGAUGCUGAUGAUAUGCCCAUGGAAGUUGCAGAAGGAAAGGAACCAGAACAGGAACAAAUUAAUACUUUGGCAAAGGGAGGUGCAGAGGAGGUGCACGAGCAAUUUUCUGAAGUAGAUCACACAGACAUGGCAGAUCCUAGGAUGCAUUCAUGCUUUACUACUGAGAAGCCCGAGAAAGCUGCUGAAGUAGAGCGUGAAGAAAUUGAUGGCACUACGAGACUAACUGGGAGAGAUACUGAUGAAAAGCUUGGAGAUGUCCCUGGAGUUGGGCAUGCAGAAGUUGAAAAUGUUGGGGGGCUGAUAGUGAACGCCGGUGAUGAGAACCUUGCAGAAGUUUCGCAAGUAGAGCCUGCAAAAGUGGAAGAUAUGAAUGGUUUGAUGAAAGAGGAUACAAACAACAAGUCUGAGGAUGUUCCUGAAUCAGAAAAUACAGGAUCGGAAGGAACUCAUGGGCCAAUGGAGGAUACUGAUGGUAGGCUCAAGGAAAUUCAUGAUGUCAAUGCAGAACUGGAAAAAGCCAAUGGGCAUGAGAGCGAUAGUGAUAGGCCUGAGGGCAUUCUGGAAGUAGAUCUACUAACAAGGGAUGAAGCCAAGUGGCCGGCGAAGGAAGAAAUUGGAGACAAUACUACAGAAGUUCCUCAAGUAAAGUAUGAAAAAUUAACAGACGAGGCACCGAUAGAGGAAAUUCAUGAUGUCAAUGCAGAACUGGAAAAAGCCAAUGGGCGUGAGAGCGAUAGUGAUAGGCCUGAGGGCAUUCUGGAAGUAGAUCUACUAACAAGGGAUGAAGCCAGGUGGCUGGUGAAGGAAGAAAUUGGAGACAAUACUACAGAAGUUCCUCAAGUAAAGUAUGAAAAAUUAACAGAUGAGGCACCGAUAGAGGAAGAUACAAAGGAAAAGCCCUGUGCAGAUGGCAAGGAUCGACCAGAAAAAGAAGUAGAUGUGUUCAAAGAGGUUGACAAUUUGAAACAAGCAGAAGGGGAAGGAUGCAAGGUGUUAAUUGAGAAAGAUGAGGAGAAUAUUAAUGACGCUCUUGAUAAGGAUGUGGUGGAAGAUUCAAAGAAUUCAACCAAUGCUGAGAUGCCAUGUAGUUCAGCUACUGAACAGUUAAAAGGAGAUCAGAUAGAAGUUUCUCAUGAAGGCUUGAUGGAGGAGCAAUGCAUUCACAAUGUUGAACUGAUUAAUCAGAGGGAACCAUCGUCUGAUGCAGCUGCUAUGAAGACUGAAGGAGUAUAUGACCACGGGACCUUGUAUAUGCAUGAGGAAGCGGCUCUGAAACAGAAACAGGACCACAUAAUCAUAUGCGAGAACAGGGAGACAACAAUAUUGGAAGGCAGCCAUAUGCUAGAUACUGGAGUGAAAUCCGGUUUGGUCAGUCUGGAGGUUGAUGAAACUCAUGUGACAGGAGGAAUUCAAAACCAGGAAAUUUUGGAAGUGGACAAGCAACUAGCAAUGGAGGGAAGACAAGAUCUAGGAACUACAAUUGAAAACCGCAAAAUGAGUAUGUUGGAAGAUGCAGAUAUUCUUGUUUGUGAUGAACAUCAAAUUAACCCAACUGGUACGGAUGUUAAUGAGGUUGAGUCUACCAAAGGAAUACAGAACCAAGAACUUUUGGACAAUAAAGAACAACAAGCAAUGGAGGAAAAACAAGAUCUGGGAACUACAAUUGAAAACUACAAAAUGAAUAUGCCAGAGGAUGCAGAUAUUCUUGCUUGCGUUGAAUAUCAAAUUGAUCCAACUGGUACGGAGGUAAAUGAGAUUGAGUCUACCAAAGGAAUACAAAACCAAGAACUUUUGGACUACAAAGAAGACCAGGUAAUGGAGAAAGGAAUGGAGUGUGAAAUAACAGAUGGAAGUGGAAUAUCCUUGGAAGAGGCCAAUAAACUUGGUGGUGGUGGUGGAGUGGACACCGUUGCGGUUGCUGUGGAUGCUAGUGAUUCAAUGCAAAACAAGGAAGCUUGCAGCAUGGAGGAGUUGCAGGCAAGGGAGAACAAGCAGCACAAUGGAGUUGAACAUGCGAAUGAGAAGAGGAUUUUGGAGGACACAAGUAUGAUUGAUAGUGGUGAAUCGAAAUCUAAUGCAACUGUUUUGGAGGUUAACAUGGCUGGGUCAAGAGAGGGAACACUGAACCAGUGUGUUUUAAGUGUGGAGAAGGAAGCGGCAGCGCAGGAGAAGCAGGAUCAGGGAAUGGCAGAUGAAAACAUAAACAUAGAUUUGGCUGACAUAGAUGCACUUGAAUGUGGUGGAGUGAAACCUGAUGCGGCUGUGAAAAUGUCUAAUGAGACUCUUCUUAAAGGGCAAGCUGUUAAUAUAGCAGGGUUUAAAAUUUCUUUUGAGAACAAGCAAAAGGAAGCACCCUUUGAAGAACACAAUAUAACAGAAGUUGAAGGCUCUGAAUCCAAUCAAACUGCAAGGAAGGAGCCUGAAGGUGCUCUUCGACCGGAGCAUGAAAGCCUGGUAGAAGUGAAACAAGAAAAUUUAGAGAACGAAACAGAGAUGUCCAUUUGUAGGGAGAAUGAUGAAGCAUCUCGAAGAGAUCAGACCUCAGCAGAGGUUAUUAUUGUUCCUUCGGAUAUGGAUGAACGGGGUGAGAAUGAUAUUGGAUGGGCUGAAGAAUCAACAAAAAGCUAUGGCAAGUUAGCUUCUGAUUCAAUAAACACAGCCUGUCAUCACUCCAUCAGAUUUGGCAAGUCAAGUAAUGAAGAGGCUAGGAGAACACAAAAUAGCAGGUCUAUGUAUCUAAAAGAUAUUAAAGAAUCGCUGGGAAGAAUUCGUGCUGAACCAGCAAACAGAGCACAGACAACCAGUGUUGGGUAUUACUCUCGGCAUGCAGUUCAGGAACCAAUUUCAGUUUGCAAGGAUAUCAAAGUGCCUUUGCGUGACAGUGCAAGGGAUUUUGGAAGAGAUCGUGCACCAGAGUUGGUGGUUACAAGUCCACAAGAAGAGACUUCUCGAUGGAGACAAGAACAAUAUGCACUUCAAAUUUUUGAAGAUGUGCAAAAUGCUCGAGUUGCUGAGAAAACUCGGAUGGAGAUGGAGAUUAGAAUACUGAAGGCACAAAUUGCUAGCAUGGAGAGACAAGUUAUGAACCUGGAUCACUUCUCUGAGGUGAAGUCCAGAUCAAAAAGGCACUGACCUAUUCAUAGUUUCAACAUGUGAGUAGUCUGCCGGGGGGGAGUCGGAUGACAUCUGGGAGUGUGGCGAUUCAUCGUUGGAGCCAACAAAGUGGUCGAAAUCUGGCCGCUUCAGCCUCAUCACCAACUUGGGCUGUGAAAACAUCAUGAAAUAGCAA